AGCCUGGCUACCUUGCGUUACGUUCCGUGGAAAUGGAAUGGAAUGAAAUGAAUGGUUUCGAAUGGUAGGUAGUUAUGAGCAAAAUGAACCGAGGCCUGUCUGCACAGCGAUAAGUCGUUUCCUGUGGUCAAGGUCGACGUCACUCUUCAAGGAUCCCACCCUGUUUCUGGUGUCGCGGGGAACCAUUCAUGAUGGCCCGAUUCGAUUCGCCUCUGAAGACAUAAAAGCACAUGAUGACGAACCUUUGACAGGCUAUCGAGGCUAUUAUAUAGAUUAGACCAGACCAUCAUCACUCAAGAUACAUAAUUGCAUAGAAUCGAAACUCGUAAUGCAAACUAUUCAUUAUCGGCCACAACCCAACAAGUUCAUCGAUCAUUUCCAACACGUCGACAAAACAUCAACUGACAGCCCAUGAUGUUCCCUUCUCCUCAACAUCAGCAUGAUACUACUGCAUCGGCAUCCUUAUCCAGAACUACCAGAUCAUCACAAGACAAACGCAACGAAAAGAACACGGACACUAUUCCAGCUUCAAACCUUCGGCAGCCAGACGAAAUCGAAGAAGCUGAUACGACAGUACCAGUAAAGACGUAUCAACCAAAGCAGAAGCAGAAAAGGGCUGAACCGUCAUCUGGCAGAGAUACCGACGAUGCCGAGAGUGUAUAUCUAUCAUCCGACGAAGAAGACACAUCAGAUGAAGACUCCUCAGACUAUGACUCAGACUCAGAAUGUAGCGUGGAAGAGCUGCCUCCUCGGCAACUGUCGAGGAGAGCAACAGAUCGAGGUGAAAAAACAAACCCUGGGCCACCAUUUACAAUCACUCAGACAAGAAGCGAAACUACUCGCUGGGUAUCAACACAGAACAAUGGAGGCUUGAUGCGAGGGGCCAGAACUGUCAACCAGCAGACAACAUUGCAUGGACACAAUGCCAAUAGACCACAGCAGCAAAGACCGAGCAACAGGAACAGUAUCAGCUUCAACAUGAGCGUCAAUGUUGACAUGUCCUUCAACGGCCUCGUCACAGGCCGAAACCUGGGCUUCACAGGGGGGUCGCUAUCAUAUGCAUGGAGCCGGCGCAACACACAAGGAGGUUGAUGUCUUCUCUUUUCAUGUGGACUGUUUGACUACAGGCGACCAUAUUAUUAUUGACAACUGCGAAGGUGGGAUUUUAGGUGCAAGGCGCUAAACAUUCUGGUGUUGUACAUAGUUGUGAACAUGACAGAUACCAAAGUCAAGUAUCAUGGCAACAAAGCUACUCGAUCAUGUCGAUAUCGUCGGUCGCAGCCUGAGCCUGAGUCUGCGUAGGUGCCUGUGUUUGAGCAGUGGGUGCAAUUUGCUGGUCAGCAGGUUCUGCGGCCUGCGCGUUGUCACCGCCGCCAAAGUAGUCCGCCAUCUCUGCAUCCAGCUCCUCCUGUGUCUUCUUUCCGCGAGGGUUGCCUCGUCCGCCGCGUCCACCCUCCUGAUCUCUGCCUCCAUCUCUGCCAUCGCGUCGAGCUCCAGGGCGACGGCCACCUUGACCGCGGCCCCGACCACCCUGUCGAGGCAUUGGGCUGCGGCGAGGACCCUGACCGGGGACAUAUCUGUCGAUUCCUCUGCGGGCAGCAUCAUCAUCAUCAUACCGGCGAUGGGGGGAAUGGGAUCUUCGUUCCCCCGGACUCGAGAUUCGCUCUGCCAGUGGACGGCCGGGCAUAACGGCGGUAUCAAAUGGGUUUCGCGAGGGUAGCAGAGUCAAUCGAAUUGGUUGGCCUGGUUCCUGUCAGCCGGGUUGCACAAUCCGGCAAGGCUUUUCACUCACCAUUGGCAUUGGCACCGUCAAACUGUUUGACCGCUUCCUGAGCGUCCUCCUUCAGUUCGUACGUCACAUAAGCAGUCCCUUCGGAUCGCCCAGCACGAUCAUACCGUAGCUGAAGGCGAACAACUGGGCCAAUUCUUCGAAAUAGCUCCUAUAUGCCUGUGAGCUGCUGUGUAGUAAUUCCAGCCAUGUCAUCCACCUACAUCCAGGUCUUCCUCAGUGAGGUCAUAGUGAAUGUUGUCAACUCUGAGCUUGGCGCCCUUGGACUCCCUAUUGUACAUAAGGUUAGGGAGCUCGCGAUUGUUGAUAGGUGCGACUCACUGGUCGGGGGAUUCGCGGCGGCGACGAGGAGCAGGAGCUCGACGAUUGUCUGGAUUGCUGUUAAAAUGGCAUCCUGGGCAGGAGAGGGUUUCCAAGAAUUACUGUUCUCUUCGAAUCGGUCAUGGACCCAUUCGCUGUGUACGAUUAGCAAGCGAGAGGAGUAGAAAGGCAGGAUUUUGACUAACCUAUCAAGGUUUCGUGAAUCGUCGCGAGCGGACUGCAAGUGGGAGGGACGCUCUGGUCAGCAAUGGAUUUUCAGAGUGGAAAGCCGUUCAAUCGACAAAAGCCCCGAGCGCCGGAAGGACGAGUUGCGAGGAGGGUUGUACAGGUCGAGUUGGCAUCAUUGGAGGGCGAGGGAAGUCAACCUGCACCGCCGACGUCAACAAAGACUCAAGGAGAAGGCCGAGUUGCCAUCUGAGGAGAAACCAACCUUUCUAACACCAUCGCGAGGGUAGUCAUUACGGGGUUCACGUCGGCGACCUUGACCACGGGAGUUGCGAGGUCGAUUGGCGCGCUGCGAAAAAGAAAAGUCAGCCUAUGCUGGUUGAUGCGAGACGGGGACGCGUUUAUGUCAUGUACUGCAUGCAGGAGACGGUAUGAAAGGAUAGGAGGGAGAUGAGAAAGACGUACAGUAUCAGCGAUGAUCUCAUCAAGACCGCGAUCCAUCUUGUCAACCAUGUUUGCGUAUAUUUGCUGCGAAGCUUGACAGAAUCCGCGACGUAUUUGGUAAGUUGAGGUUGAAAUUUGAGAGGAGAGGCCGUGUUGCUCGACAAAGUUGGGCCAAGGUUGUCUACGCACAUGCGAAGGAUGGAUUGGAUGUCAUGGGUGGGUGCCACAAAUCAAGGCCUCAAGCCACAAUCUGGGCGUUGAAUCGUGGUGGAGCCUCUAUUGUUAGUGCUACAAUACGAGGAAGCAUUCUCAGCUCCGUACAAGUACGAAGUACUUGAUGAUGAUAUCGUUAGGUUUCGGGCCAUCGACUAGGAGGAUUUUCCAAUAGAAUCACUCAACGGACUCGCAAAUAUCUCUGCUAUCCAUUAGUUAUUUAUCAAGUAUCAUACCGUCAGGUUGAUCGGAACAAGAUCAUUGCUGGAGGGCCUCGACGAAGCCGGGCUCUUUUUAAACUUCACUUCACUAG